UGACUGUGUCCCUCGAUUUUACCUAAACUAUUGCCUAAUAUCCGUAUGUAGCUAAUAGUUUAGUCUCCUUGUCAACCUCCGAAACUCGGUGCCUGAAGAUUGAAGAAGUAGUCGAAGAGAAGGCGGGCGGGCAUUGAGUCGCUCCAGCACUUUUGCAAGAUACCCGUCCCUGACAGUUUAGCUCUAUAUUUUCAUCCCCCCAAAUCCCUCUCUUUUUCAAGAGACUAUGGCUUCUGUGCAGUAUCCCUCGCCGGUGCGAGCUCCGCCGCACGUCUUGGCCUUGCUGGAGCGACUGCACCAGGCCUCGCGGGUGCAGGAAGACGCCAUCCAGGCCGCGGAGCUCGAGGCGCACGGGUUCGACAACUACAUGCGGGACAAGUUCAUCGCGCUGGACCGCGAUAAGGCCGAGUUCGUGUACCAGGUCUGCCUGGCCGUCGGGGCGAAAACCGUCGUCGAGGCCGGGACCAGCUUCGGCGUCAGCACCAUCUACCUUGCGCUCGCCGUGUCGGAGAAUGUCCAGAAGGCUGGAGACGGGAAAGGAGGCGUGGUCAUCGCGACCGAGUACGAAAAGGCCAAGGCGGACAAAGCGCGGGAGCACUGGAAGGAGGUCGGCGACGAGAUUACGGGAUGCAUUCAGCUGCGCGAGGGCGAUAUCCUCGAGACGCUCAAGCAAGACCUGCCCGAGAUCGACGUGCUUUUGUUGGACAUCUGGGCUCGCAUGGCGCUGCCCGUCCUCAAACUGUGUCAACCUCGAAUGCGACGCGGCGCCGUGGUCAUCGCGGACAACACAAUCGGUUCGGCGGACAAGUACAAGGACCUGCUGGAGUACAUGCGCGACCCGAGCAGCGGGUUCAGGAAUUUGACCUUGCCCUACACGAAUGGGCUGGAGAUGAGUGUCUACAUGCCAUAGAUGGAGGGAGCUUGAUAUACAGUCACUUAAGCCGUCAUGCACAAAUCAUUCAGCAUACGCCGCUGUGACUGUCUUGCUUUUCCUUGUCAACGAUUUUACCUCGCGCGGGUCUUUGUUCUCCCCAACGUUUGCAGUGGCGCGUGCAGAAAACCA